AUGUCCUCUUCGUAUGAGUGCAAACUAAGUGAGGAGUUGCAGAAGAAGGCUCUCGAAAAUCUGCGUGAGGAUGAAAAUCUACGAAAUCAGUCUCUUGAUCAAUUCCGGGAGUGGAUUGAGAAGCAUCCAAGGAUCAAGAAAUGCCCAAUGGAUGCAAAUUUCCUUCUGAGAUUUCUUCGUACAAAGAAAUUCUCCGUACCGGAUGCUCUGAAACUCCUUGAAAACUACCUGACAACACGGAAAGUUCUUCCGCAAGUAUUCGAUGGACUCACAUUGGAUGAUCCAGCUUUGAAGCAUUGUGUGUCCAAUGGGAUGAUUUUAAUCUUGCCGGAACCGGAUAAGGAGGGACGCGUUGUGAUAUCCUACAAUGCUGAAUGCUUCGAUACGAGCAAGUAUACGGCAACAGAUGCAAAUAGGGUGUUGAAUUUUGCCCUACAGCUCGCCUGUUUCGACGAAAGGGCACAAAUUUGCGGGAUAGCUCAUGCCAUGGACUGGGGAACGGUCACACUGUCCCUUGUGAGCCUCCUGACAAUCCCACACAUUAAGAACAUUACGCAGUGUCUACAGAAAACCUUCCCACUGCGCCAUGGAAUAUUCUUCAUCAUUAACUUGCCAACUUACUGUGUUGCCGUAUUUAAGCUUGCUCUUUCGUGCUUCAGUGAGAAGUUGAGGAAGCGCUUCCAUGUUGUCAAGAACUGGGACAGAGUUCACGAAGAAAUUGGUUCAUCAGUCCUAGCAAAGGAAGACGGCGGAACCAUUCCCCGUCUUGAAUUGGCAAAGAAAAUGAUUGAUCUCGCUGAAAAACAUCGCGAAGAAAUAUUAUCUCAAAAUGAUUUUGAUAUUGAAGUAUCAGAUCGUGAUAUCAACUUCGGUAAUACCCACGAUGCUGAUCUCGAUGCAGCUAUCGUCGGGAGCUUCCGUAAAAUCAACGUUGAUUAA